AUGGAUUCUUUAAAAGAAGUUGUAAUUAGUCCACAAUUAAUUGAACGAUCAUCUAGUCAACCAAUUAAAACAGCACCUGAAAAAGGGAACAAAAAUUCCGACCGUGAAGGAAUAAGCAAGUUCGACAGUGUAAAAAGUGGUACAAUUAUCAAAAUAGAAACAGAUCAAAAUGGAAAAAGUGCUAUUACUCUGAAAAAGGAAAAAGAUCCACUAUUUGAUUCUACGCCUUUAAAAUUUGAUUCAAGAAUAUACAUCGGAUAUCACAGAAUAAAAACUACUCCUACCAGCCACACCACAGAUUCACUAGAACAUCAUGAUCUCGGUUCUUUUGAAACAAGGGGUGAUAUUAAUUGGUCGGUGGCGGUCUUUGAUACUACUGAAAGUACCUGGAUCGCAUUUUCUUUUUAUGAUUUCUCAAACAUCAAAGAUAAACGGGAAUUAGCAAUUUACAAAAAUGACAAUUUCCCCAAGAAUGUUUGGAGGAAUCUAAAUAGCACUUUCGGUCGCCGCAAGAAUACGCUGUUGUCUGAUAAAAGCGUAUUAUUCCUUGUAUAUGACCACCAAUCGAGAGAGAUUGUUCAAUCAAACUGUAUUUCAAACACCGGAAAUGGCAUUAUCAAAUUUCUAAACGACGAAGAACUUAUUAUUUUAAGACGAAACAACUUUCGGAUAAUACGAUACAAAAAUAAUCUUCAUUUAAGCAAGGGAAUAACCAAUUUUUUUGAGUCAACAAAAAAGAGAAUAAAUUUUGAGUCGAGAAUAAAUACUGAUCAUUCUUAUCCACCUCCAAUGAACAAGUUUGCAGAAUACUCGAAAUCCACCAAAGACGUAGUGGAACAUAAAUUAACCAAUUUCGUAAAGGGUGAACUUGAUAAACUAUUCAAUAUUAAUAAAAGUUUAGCAAAAGUUCAAGAGAAGAAACACAAUGAUACGACCAAUAAAGAGCUUACCGUACAAAACUCUGAAGAAUAUUUUCGAGACAAAAACAAAAAAAAAGAAAUUUUGCCAGUAUUUGCAGUGGCUACUAAUAAAGAAAAACAACAAUAUUUAGCAGCAUCACUUGGAACUUUAAAAUUUGAAGAGAAUCAAGGAACUGCAGAAUUAAAAAGAAUUGCGAAUUUUCAUCACAUGGAAUUAACGAAACAUCCGUCAAAUAUAAAUUAUUACAAGUUAGAAUAUAAAAAAGAAUAUAAAUAUAAAAUAAAAGAUCUUGAAUUUUUCGUAAAGAAGAAUAGCAUCUUUUAUACAAAUUAUAAAAAGGAUAGUUUGGUCGAACUUUUUUAUCAAAAUCCUUACAUUAAUCAAAAAAAGCAAAAUCAUGCUGUUAAUCAACAAAACAAUAAAGUUAAAGACGGCAAUGAGAAGGAACUCAUAAUCGAUGGCAACGAAAUGAAAGUCAUAAUCGGUGGCAAAAAGGAACCCAUAACGAUAAUCGAUGGCAAUGAAAUGAAAAUCAUAAUUGACGGCAAUGAAAAAGAAAUCGACAAUAAUGAAAAGGAAAUUAAAAUUAAUGGCAAACAAUUAAGAGUCAAACUGAUAAUCGAAAAGGAAAUCAACAAUAAAAUGAAAAUCGACGGCAAUGGAAGGGAAACCAUAACAGUAAUCGACGACAAUAAAAUGAGAGAAAUCAACGGCAAUGAAAAUGAGAUCAACAGCAAUAAAGUCAUCGGUAAAGUAAAAAUCAAAAUCAUAAUCGACGGCAAUAAAAGAGAAAUCGACAGAAAUGAAGAGGAAAUCGAUGGCAACGAAGAGGAAAUCGAUGGCAACAAAGAGGAAAUCAAUGACAAUGAAGAGAAAAUCGACGGCAAUGAAAUCGACAACGAUGAAAAGGACAAAAAAAUCAAAAUAAUAAUAGAAGAUAAAAUAGUAAGAAUCUUUAAAGAAGAUCAAAAUAAAAAAAAAGGAUACUCUCUUGUCAAUAUUUGGUCAAUUCCAACAGCUUUUUCCAAAUAUCUUACCGAUCCAAUUAUAUCCGCUUUUGAAUAUGUCAAGCAAAAUCAAUCGGUAAAACUAACAUUAAAUUCGCGUUAUGACAAAAACAAGCUUGGAUUUAAACAUGACAUCAUCCCAAUUAAACCACGUGCUACAUCUAUAGUAGGAAUGUGCAGUGCACUAAAAUUAAUAAAUGAACAAAAAGAUGCAUAUGAAAAGAAUCAAGAGGUACAAAAAGAGACAAAUAAAGGGAAAAGUUAUGAGAAAUUAAUCCGGUCCAUAAAAAUAAUAGCGUCCAAUAUCAUCAAAGAAGCGAUCGAAGAUCUUGGUAAUUUUAGAAUAUUAGACGCUCGUUUUCGUAUCGUAACAACAAUGAUUAAAGCGGAUUUUCAAGAUCAAGUUAUUCAUUAUAUUUUAAAUAAACCUGAAGAUCGCUUACAUAUUCCUCGGCAAGCUGUUCAUGACAAACCAAAAGAACCUUCAUAUAAUUUUGUUUUUCAAAAUUGGGCUGAUUAUGAUAAUGAGCAUCAUCCUCGUGCGUUAUCGAUUGCAAUAAAUCAAGAUCAACACGAAACUGUAGAGAAACUUCUCGAUUAUUAUUCUACUUUAGCUAAAGAGAAUUUGAGUUGGAUGGAAACUGUCACUCAAGCUUUGCCAGAAUUAAUUAUAAAAUUUCCAAAAAGCGUCAUACAAUUAAUGAAAAAAGAAGUUUUUCAUUCACAAGAAAUUCAUCUUGAUAAAUCAUGGGAGUCUUAUCGACCAAAUAAUAAUCCGGAUAAUUUUCAAUCUUUUCACAUCAAAUUUAAUCUUUUUGAUCCUUAUCGUCAACAAGAAUACAAGAAAUCAUUCAAAGACAAAAAGAAUCAUAUAUCUAGAUAUCGAAAGACGAAUAUGGGAUAUUUUCAGGUUCCCCUUCCAGGAUUAAUAGAGAGUGGCUCGAGUAAAGAAAGAAUCAAGGAUGCAGUGAUUGAUAUUACUUGGAACUUUUUCCUGAAUUUAGUCUUACUCGAGCGAACUCGUCAUAAUGAAAGCCCAUUCACUAGGCUUAUAAUUCAUGAUAAGACCGGCGAAAUUUAUGACAACCCAUCAAUAGAAGCAAUCGUUGACUUUCAAUGGCGUCACUAUGCUAGAUUCAUCAUUAUUCUUGAAUUCUUAUUUUAUAUUGCGUAUGCAAUUUCAUUCAUUUGGCUAAGCUACGCGCAUUUGAAUAAGAUUGUGUAUAGUCAACCCGUUGGACCCGUAUUUAUACCUGCUGUUGCUAUAAUGUGUGGAUUUGCUUAUAAUCUAUUAGUUAGAAAAAUAAAGGAAAUGCGUUAUUUAACUAAGCAACAGAUUUUGCUAAUAGUUUUAUACGCGUUCGAUCUUGCUGGUUUGACUUUACCAUUAAUUGGCUGUGCAAUGAUGUUAUCGGUCCAUCUGCGUUAUACUGAGCUACUACCAGAAUCUGAUACUGAUAUCCGAAAAGAAUCUCCUUAUUGCCAAAGACACCAUCUUCAGUGUCAAAGUCAAGUGAUAUACUAUUCACUAGCUGGUUUAUUACUUUGGGUUGUAUUCGUAAGAACUGGUAUUUUACCCGGGUCUCCCACAUUUAGCGGCUCUUUUACAACAGAGAAUCCUAACAACGGAACCACACAAAUUCUCGAAAACAAUGUAACUUAUCCUAAUUUCACUAUCCAACAAAACUUGGAUUGGGCUGAUCGAUCAGACAAUUACUAUUAUUUUUGGGAUAAAUCAGUACAAGCCGUAUACUUUUGGAUAAGUGGUCGCUGGGAUCAGGUUACAAAUUGGAAUUUUUGGCCAGUUGAUUUAGUCACUGUGAUUGCCAGUAUAUUUUUAGCUACUCUUCUGCAGAAUUUACUGAUUAGUUUGAUGGGAGAUGUGCUUAAAGAAUCGACCUUAGAAAAACGAGCAGUAAGUCAGAUACGUGCUCAAUUAUUAAUUAAACAUACAUACUCACUUUCGCACCAAAGAAACGUUUACUACGCGAUUCCAACCGAAAAAUGGAGAAAUUUAACAAAUGAAACCGCAGAAAAAAAGCUUGAACGUAUUGAAAAGUUAGCAGAAAUUGAAAAAAACGAGUUACGCGCUCGGUUUGAUAGCUUGGAAAAGAAGCUUGACAAUUUUUUCAAAGAUUUAAAUAGUCAAAGCACGUAA